GUCAACAUGGCGUCCCGCGCUGGAAGGAGAGUUCCUCAGCACUCCAGCAGCAGUGACGACGAAGAGCUUAAAAAAUGCCGCGAGGCCGUCUGGGAAAGCCACACAUUUAAGGCGAAAGACGGGGACAGCGGCGUUGAACAGGAGUCUAAGCGCGUUGUGGUUGCUGACCACGAGCAUGACGGAAAUGAGCUCCAGGUCACACAAGGAUUUCGGAAACAUGUCGCCAGAAAGCUGGAGGAUCUUUUGGACAGUUGCAUUUCAGAAACGCAGCACAUGACCUCAAAAAGUCUGGAAUCAAAAUGUUAUGAUGGUCAAGAUGAGGGAUUUCGUUUGUUUUCUACAUCCGUCCCAGGACAGGAAGAUGCUAAACCUUCAUCAUCACCAGCCAGGCGUCGGCCUCCUCCCAGCUCAAGUGACAGCGACAGCGAGAUGGAAACCAGACUGAAGGAGGCAGCGGUGUCCAUCGGUGACCUGUUACCUUCAUCCAUGCGCUCAUCUUCCUCUGUAGAGCCUCUCGGCUCAGGAGUUGGAGCGAAAAAAAAGAAGGCGGAAGAGGAAGAAGAGCAUUGUGUGGCCAAGAAAAAGACGAAACGGAAAAAAGAAGAGAAUAAGCAGGACUAUGUAUCCUCUGCUCAUCACCAAGGCAAUGGUGAGCAGGAACACUCAGUAGUCAGCAUAAAACAAAAAAAGAAAAAGAAGCGUAAAAGAAAUACAGAAGAAGAAGCGUUGAGCUGAGUUUUUAAUCUAGUGUUUACUCAUUCAGGCUGUC